GCCGUGCGGGGCCCGGGCCGGGGCCGGCGGGCACAGCAAGAGCGGCAGAGCUGCAGCGGCGGAGGCGAGAGCAGCGGCGGCAGGGAUGGGCGAGCGUUGCUGUGCGGUGCUGCGGGUGCUGGUGCUGCAGGCGGCCUGGGCGCUGGCGGGCGGGCAGGUGCGCUACUCGGUGCCGGAGGAAGCCAAGGCCGGCACGGUGGUGGGCCGUCUGGCGCAGGACCUGGGCCUGGAGGCGGGCGAGGCGGAGGCGCGGCGGCUGCGGCUGGUGGCGCAGGGCCGGCGGGCGAGCGUGGAGGUGAGCGGGGCGAGCGGCGCGCUGCUGGUGAGCUCGCGGCUCGACCGGGAGGAGCUGUGCGGCAAGAGCGCGCCGUGCGCGCUGCGCCUGGAGGUGCUGCUGGAGCGGCCGCUGCGCGUCUUCCAUGUGCAGCUGGAGGUCACCGACAUCAAUGACAAUGCCCCCAUCUUCCCCGCCGCACGGAAAAACCUCAGCAUCGCGGAAUUGACAACUAUGCCGGGGUCUCGUUUCCCUCUGGAGGGCGCGUCGGAUGCGGAUAUCGGAGCGAACGCGCAGCUCUCCUACACACUCAGCCCCAGCGAGCACUUUUCUCUGGAUUUACAAAAAACCGAGGAGGAUGGGGAGUCCUUAUUCCUCGUGCUCAGAAAAUCUCUGGACCGCGAGACGAUUCCCGUGCACCGGUUGGUGCUGACGGCGACUGACGGGGGCCGGCCGUCUCUGACAGGCACCAUGGAGCUGGUGAUCUCGGUGCUGGAUGUGAACGACAAUAUGCCGCAGUUCAACCAAUCGGUGUAUAAAGUGCAGCUGCCAGAAAACGCAGAACGCGGCACAUUGAUCAUCAAACUAAAUGCAACGGAUUUGGAUGAGGGGUCGAAUAGUAAGGUCUCCUACUCGCUCCAGAUCCUUUCUCCGCAGGAUGGAAGAGACAUUUUCCGAAUUGACAGAAACAGCGGUGAGAUUCGUCUUGCGGGUGACUUAGAUUUUGAGGAUGUUAGUCUCUAUCGCCUGCAAGUGGACGCGACAGAUAAGGGGACGGCCCCGCUGUCGGGUCACUGCAAGGUAGUGCUGGAGGUGCUGGACGUGAACGACAACGCGCCGGAGGUGUGGGUGACGUCGCUGUCGGUGCCGGUGCCGGAGAACGCGUCGGUGGGGACGGUGGUGGCCCUGCUGAGCGUGUCGGACCGAGACUCGGGGGCGAACGGGCGCGUGCGGUGCUGGGUGUGGCCGGCGGCGCCGUUCGGGCUGGAGGCGACGUUCGCGGGCUCGUACUCGCUGGUGCUGCGCGAGGCGCUGGACCGGGAGCGGGUGUCGGAGUACGAGGUGGAGGUGCGUGCGGAGGACGGCGGGGCGCCGGCACUGGGCACCAGGCGCGGGCUGCGGGUGCCGGUGUCGGACGUGAACGACAACGCGCCCUUGUUCGCGCAGGCCGUGUACACGGUGCUGGCGCGGGAGAACAACGCGGCGGGCGCGGAGCUGGCGCGGCUGUGGGCGCGGGACCCGGACGAGGCCGGCAACGGGCGCGUGAGCUACUCGGUGUGGGAGGGCGCGGCGGGCGGCGUUGGGGCCGCGGCUGGCAGCGGCUGGCGUGCGGCGUCGAGCUACGUGUCGGUGGACGCGGAGAGCGGGCGCGUGUGGGCGCUGCAGCCCUUGGACUACGAGGAGCUGCAGGUGCUGCAGUUCGAGGUGCGCGCGGUGGACGCGGGGGAGCCGCCGCUGUGCGGCAACGCCACGGUGCAGCUCUUCGUGCUGGACGAGAACGACAACGCGCCGGCGCUGCUGCCGCCCGCGGGCUCGGCGCCGGAGGCGGGCGCCGUGGCGGCCGAGGCAGCCUCGUCAUCGUCGUCGUCGUUUGUGGGGCCGAUGUCGGGGUCGGGCACGCUGUGGGCGUGGGCGGCGUGGGGGGCGCCGGCGGGCCAGGUGGUGGCCAAGAUCCGCGCCGUGGACGCCGACUCGGGCUACAACGCGUGGCUGCGCUACGAGCUGUGGGAGCCGCGGGCCAAGGGCCCGUUCCGCGUGGGGCUCUACAGCGGCGAGGUGAGCACGGCGCGGCCGCUGGACGAGGCGGACGGCGCUCGCCACACGCUGCUGAUCGUCGUGCGCGACCACGGCGAGCCGGCGCGCUCGGCCACGGCCACGCUCAGCGUGUCGCUGCUCGAGGCCAACGAGGCGGUGCUGGCCGCGGGAUCCUCGGCGUCAUCGUCAGGGUCAGGGUCGCGGUUGGCGUUGGGCGUGGAUGUGGGCGGUGCUGCGGCCAGCGCGGCGACCAACGUGUGGCUGGUGGUGGCGAUCUGCGCCGUGUCGAGCCUGUUCCUGCUGGCGCUGGUGCUGUACGGGGCGUCGCGCUGGGCGCCGCGGGCGGCCGUGCUCUCGGGGCCCGGGCCCACGACGCUCGUGUGCGCCAGCGAAGUGGGCAGCUGGUCGUACUCGCAGCGCCACAGCCGCAGCCUGUGCGUGGCGGACGGCGCGGCCAAGAGCGACCUCAUGGUUUUCAGCCCCAACUUCCCUCCGCCGCCGCCUGGCGCCGCGCCCAAGGACACGCAGCCGGAGCCCUCCACUCUCCUCCACACGGUCAGUGACACUGCCUUGCUCUCCUUUGUUCUUUCACAGACGCUUGCUCCCCUCUCUGCCUAG